AUGAAGGUUGGAUCAGGAAGAUACGCAAAAGUAUAUCUAGCAAGAGAACGAAAGUCAAAGUUUAUUGUCGCAAUCAAAGCGAUCCCAAAGAAAGAAAUAGCCCGGGGAUGCAUUGUAGAUCUGAUUCAAAAUGAAAUCGACGUACAAACUCAUUUGUCGCAUCCUAAUAUCUUGGGACUCUACGGCUAUUUCUGGGACGAUUCGCGGAUCUAUAUGGUGAUGGAAUACGGCUUCUAUGGAGAUCUUAAGAAAUUCCUCGAUCAAAAUGGAAAACUCUCCGAAAGGCAAGCUUCCUGGUUCGUUCAGCGCAUCGCCAACGCCAUUGCCUACAUGCACAGUCGCGGAGUUAUCCACCGCGAUAUAAAGGCGGAGAACAUCUUAAUCGGAGACGGAUUUGAGCCAAAACUCUGUGACUUUGGCUGGGCAGUUCACAAAGGAAACAAACAAAGAACCACGGUGUGUGGAACGCCCGCGUAUAUGCCUCCAGAAGUGGCUGCUGGAGAUUCCUACGAGUUCGAAGCUGACUUGUGGUGCUUGGGGGUUCUGACGUACGAGCUCUGCACAGGGAGAACCCCUUUCGGGGAGCGAGAAACAGACAAAAUCCAAGAGAACAUUCGAAACAAGGAACUCGUCUUUCCUGCAUCCUUAAGUCCAAAAUGCGUAGAUUUUAUUCAAGGGCUCCUCCGAGAAAAGGAAAAGCGGCUCAACAUCCAGCAAGUUCUUGCUCAUUCGUGGCUCACACAAUAUAAUUACAUUGGCACGAGAGAGAAAGAGAGCAGAAGGACAAUGGAUUAUUAUUAUUAUUAUACUUGUUUGUGA